GCGCGCCAGGCGCUCACGCUGCUGCUGUCGGUGUGCGUGCCCGGCCUCUUCCUGCUGCUCGCCGCGCUCGACCGCAUGGAGUACGUGCGCACCUUCCGCAAGCGCGAGGACCUGCGCGGCCGCCUCUUCUGGGUGGCGCUGGACCUGCUGGACCUGCUGGACAUGCAGGCCAACCUGUGGGAGCCCCCGCGCACCGGGCUGCCGCUGUGGGCCGAGGGCCUGACCUUCUUCUACUGCUACAUGCUGCUGCUGGUGCUGCCGUGCGUGGCGCUCAGCGAGCUCAGCAUGCAGGGCGAGCACAUCGCGCCGCAGAAGAUGAUGCUCUACCCGGCGCUCAGCCUCGCCACGGUCAACGUGGUCGCCGUGCUGGCGCGCGCAGCCAACAUGGCGCUCUUCCGCGACAGCCGCGUCUCGGCCGUCUUCGUGGGCAAGAACGUGGUGGCGCUGGCCACCAAGGCCUGCACCUUCCUGGAGUACCGCCGCCAGGUGCGCGACUGCCCGCCGCCCGCGAUGGCGCUGGAGCUGUCCAGCGCUGUCACUGGCUGUGGGGACGGGCCGAGCGGGUGGGCCUGGGCCCGACUGGACGCCGCCCAGGACAGACUGUUGGCGGAGCUGGCUGCGUCCCCUGGGCCAGGCUGCCGAGAGGCCAGAGGGGCACGCCCCAUCUCAGCAGAGGAAGAUGGAGAGAACCCCAUCUCAGGUCCCCAGCCCACUGGCCGCAGUGCUGGCCGCCCUGGGCGGGACAGGCGCCAGGUGGGCUCUGGGGCUGGGGCUGGCGGUGCUGGCGUCCAGGAGAAGGUGGACGCUCAGCCUGGCGGCAGCCCCCUGCACCCAGGUGGGGCCGUGGCCCCUGCUGACCGCAACCCCACUGAGCCUGGCGGUCCCCGGGGUGAGCCUGUCUGGCGCCUGGAGCUCGACCUCUUGAGCCCCACACGGCGGCACGCUGAAGG